GAUCUGCCACAGCUACAGCGAAAGAGACUUUGAGGAAGAGCCAAAUAUUAACAUGCGCAGCACUUAGUGGGAACCGCGGCUCCGGAGAGUUCGGACGUUUUCCAGACAGCAACAACAAUGUGGACGUCGCUGUCAGUGUUCUUGUUCCUGUCCGUUUUAUUCCUGUAUGGAUGGCAGUGCGCUUCGGGUUUCGUGUGCCCGAGGAUCUGCCGCUGUAUCUCCAACACCAUCAGAUGCAACAAUGUGACAGAGGGCUCUGCACUGAUGCUGGGUCACAGACAUAAAAGGCUGUUUCUCUAUCACUUGUCUUUGCGCACUAUUUCAAGCCAUUCCUUUGAGGGUUUGAGAGGAGUCCAGAGGAUUGAGAUUGCUCAGAGUGUGACCCUGGAAACCAUUGAGACAUUAGCAUUUAAUAACCUCUUCAACCUCUCUGAAAUCUCAAUCCAGAACACAAGGAAUCUGAUGCACAUUGGCAGAAGGACAUUUAACAACCUUCCCAAACUACAUUACCUGAGCAUCUCAAAUACUGGGAUAACAGUUUUCCCUGACAUUACAUCUAUCAAUUCUCUGGAAUCAGAGUUUAUCUUGGAUAUCUGUGAUAACCUGUAUCUACUGGAAAUACCUCCAAAUGCUUUCAAUGGACUGACAAAUGAAUAUGUUACAAUGAACCUGUACAACAAUGGCAUCAGAGAAAUACACGACCAUGCCUUCAAUGGGACAAAGAUAGAUAAGCUGCUGUUAAAGAAUAACCGAAACCUCAGAGUGAUCCAUGGAGACGCUUUCAAAGGAGCCACAGGCCCUGGAGUCUUGGACGUAUCUGCGACAGCUCUCACAAAACUACCACCACAGGGACUGGAGUCAGUUCGGGUGCUGUUAGCUCAGUCAGCGUACGCCUUGAAGAGUCUACCUCCUCUGCAGGGACUGUGGAGCCUGCGAGAGGCUCAUCUCACCUACAACAGUCACUGCUGUGCACUGCUGACCUGGAACACACACAGGGACUUUCCGAUUAAUCCUGCAUGGCCUAAUGGCUCCACAUAUUGUGAUGACAGUGAUCCAUCAGCAAGGGUUCAGCGUGUGAUUGGAGGCUCAGCAGAUACAACUCUGGCUAUGAAUGUGCCCUUUUUCUCAGACGUUGACUUGUUUGUCAAGGAUGAAGGUUUCGGAGAUGUAAAUUUCCACUAUCCAGAACUGGACUUCUGUCCGACCCGACCAACCUUGCUUUGCAUACCUGAAGCAGAUGCUUUCAAUCCCUGUGAGGACAUCGCAGGGUUCAGUUUCCUCAGAGUGGCCAUUUGGUUUAUCAACAUACUAGCUAUCGCAGGAAACCUGACUGUGCUCCUGGUCUUCUUCACCAGCCGGAACAAGCUGAUGGUGCCUCGCUUCCUCAUGUGCCACCUGGCCUUUGCUGACCUCUGCAUUGGGAUCUACCUUAUGAUGAUAGCGACUGUAGACCUGCGCACACGUGGCUUCUACAGCCAACAUGCAAUUGAAUGGCAGACAGGACCAGGCUGUAGCGCCGCAGGCUUCCUGUCUGUGUUUGGCGGGGAGCUGUCAGUCUACACACUUUCCACCAUCACCCUGGAGCGCUGGCACACCAUCACCAACGCCCUGCAGGUAGAACGGCGUCUGGUUCUUACACAGGCAGCGAGUAUAAUGGCAGCUGGUUGGCUCAUCUGUCUGGGGAUGGGGAUGCUGCCCCUGGUUGGUGUGAGCAGUUACACCAAAGUCAGCAUGUGCUUACCCAUGGACAUAGAGACUCCUCUGGCUCAGGCCUUCAUCAUAAUUAUCCUGCUCUUCAAUGUGGGCGCCUUCAUUGUUGUGUGUGUUUGUUAUGCACUGAUCUACCUGGCUGUGAAGAACCCCGAAUUCCCAAGAAGAAGUGCUGACACCAAGAUUGCAAAGCGUAUGGCUGUGCUGAUCUUCACAGAUUUCCUCUGCAUGGCACCCAUCUCCUUCUUUGCCAUCUCUGCUGCCUUCAAGGUUCCCCUCAUCACAGUUACAAACUCCAAGAUUCUGCUGGUCCUCUUCUUCCCCAUCAAUUCCUGUGCAAAUCCUUUCCUUUAUGCUAUCUUCACCAAGGCUUUCAGAAAGGACGCAUAUCAGCUCAUGAGUGCCAUGGGCUGCUGUAAAAGCAAGGCCAGUGUUUAUCGUAUGAAGGCCCACUGUUCAGAGAAUACACUCAAGAGCAAUCUGAAAUCCAAAAAUAAUGGAUCCCAGAUGGGAAUGAGACUGUCUGCCAAGCCACAGCAGAGCCAUCACCUGAAAGAGGAGGGAGAGCUCACUUGAAAUUUAUAAGAGAUGACACUACAAUACAACUGUUUGAGACUGACUGGGAUUUGUUGGAUUUGGUCAUGUUUUUCUUUUUUAUUUUAUUAGAAAAUGUAUUAUUAGCCUAUUUAGUAAACUUUCAGGUAACUCUGCUAUGGGAGUGAGAGCCCUAUCAAGUCUGAUAUCAGUUCAACCUAGUCAACAGGUCUAACAGGAAAAGCACAGGUCUAAAUAACAAUAUUGAUGAUGGCUCUGUUCAGUUAAGUGUCCCAGUGAGCCCUGGAGAACCUAAAUGGAAUGCAGCCAUCAUCAAAGGCCUUAUAGUCCCAGGCUUAGUUUUCCUGCUCAUCACAUGUCAACAUGUGUGCAGUGACAAAAAACACCUGUGGAAAGGUGGACAUCAAUAAACAUAAAUCUUCAGAAGACAUCACCAGAUAUAUAUUCAUAGACCUUAAUGCUCAAAAAAAAUUGAAAAUUUGAACAUCUACAAUUCCAUGAUAACUGGGCACAGACCAUUUGCUGAAAGCAAUCAUGUCAUAUAAUUAAAAGCUCCAGAACAGCUACUAGCUUGUGGUCAGAUUGUUUAAUCAAACAGAAAUCACCUCAAACAUGAGUCAUCACCUCCAUCUCCAAGAGGCUGUUACUAUGUAAACCAAAAUUUAAUCUGAAUCCACUUACCAAUUUAUGUCAAAUAAAAUGUGUUAUUCUGAGGCUGGUUAAACGUAUUUUAAUUGACAAUAUGUCAAUUAAAACACAAUAGGCAUGAUUCAUCUGGAAAGCUCAGUAGCCAGAGUUGACCACGUGGUGGAGGAGUUGCACAGACACUUUAACUACUGCCAUGCUUUUGUUUUUCUACUAAAGGGGUUUGUUGUUGUUAUUGAGAAUUAAAUAAAUCACCUGCUGUGCUACUGUACGUGUUGGUGGGGAAUAUACAUGUGCAUAAUGCUUAUUGGAUCAUAAUUGUAAGGCCAUAUUUUUCUGUUUCAAAAAA